GACCUGCCUUUGCCGCCUUCUCCGCGCCGCAGUAUCCUCCCUGGGCUUUCUAACCCCUCUCUCCCGUGCAUAUAUCUUUGCAAGAUGUUCUCUCGCGCUGUGCGCCCGGCUGUGAAGGCCGGCAGUGCUGCCGUCACCCGGACUGCCCCUCCCAAUGCCGCCGGCUUCGCUACCCUGCGUGAAAUCGAGGGCCGUCUCAAGUCCAUCAAGAACAUCGAGAAGAUCACCAACACGAUGAAGAUUGUUGCCUCUACUCGUCUCACUCGUGCCCAGAAGGCCAUGUCCGAAUCCCGGGCUUACGGUCAGACCUCCAACACCGUCUUCGAAAACGCCGAGACCAAGCCCCUCGAGGGCAAGAAGACCCUCUACGUCGUCGCCAGCUCCGACAAGGGUCUUUGCGGUGGUAUUCACUCCGGUCUGAGCAAGGCCACCCGCCGCUUGAUCGAGGCCGCUCCCGAUUCCGAUGUUGUGAUUCUGGGAGAGAAGGCCAAGGCCCAGCUGUCCCGUGCCUACCCCAACUCCAUCAUCAUGAGCUUCGCCAACGUGGGCAAGGAUAUCCCCACCUUCACCGAGGCUCAGGCGAUUGCCGACCAGAUCGCCCUCCUUCCCACUGACUACGCCAGCGUGAAGAUCGUCUACAACAAGUUCCUCAACGCUCAGAGCUACGAGCCCACUGUCAUUGAGGCUUUCUCUGAGGAGGCCAUCACCCAGUCCGCCAACAUUUCUGCCUUCGAGGUUGAUGACGAGGCUCUGGCUAACCUCCGCGAGUACGCUCUUGCCAACAACCUGUACUGGGCCCUGGCUGAGGGACACGCUUGUGAGAUCUCGGCUCGUCGCAAUGCUAUGGAGAACGCUUCCAAGAACGCCGGCGAGAUGAUCCAGAAGUUCCAAAUCUUGUACAACCGUCAGCGUCAAGCCGCCAUUACCAACGAGCUCGUUGAAAUCAUUACGGGUGCCACUGCCUCUGCUGAGAUGUAAGAAGCAUCACUAUGAUGCUUCUCUGGGAAGGAGUCGACUUAAUGAAGACUUGUCCAUAAAUACC